AUGGUGCGUACGCGUGCUCUGUGCUUGAGCCAUAUGGAGAAUUUUAGCUGGACCAUCAGCUCGAAUCUCUCGAUAUAUGGUGGUGAUGGGCUUGUGACACGAACAUUGCAUCCCAACCCACCGAAUAUGUACUUUUUAUUCCGUGCGUGCGGAUGGAUGAUGCUCCCUGUUAGGAAAAUUCGGAAGUCGCAAAAUGUAUCCCGUUAUGUAAUUUCCGAUAUGAUUCAUGGAGUGGGAACGAAUUUAUUCAGUCACGCACGCAUACACCCAUUACCAAAACCUCUUUCCGACAUGUCCAAUCCUCAAAGAAAGAGGCAGGGGUCAUUGUCUUUUAAAGAAUGUAGGAUGUAUACGAAUUUCACACACAGGGAUAUCCUUGCAUCGAUCUACUUUGCAAACAUAAAACCAUCGGAAAUACCAGUGACACCUGAAAACGACGAUUCGUUAGCCUCGUUUCUGCAACGGUCGUGCGUCAAUGCGAGAAUGGAUCGCCUUAAGAAACAGAAGAAUAUGCAUCGAAACGCAACACGUCAAAUCCAUCCCGUUGGGAAUUUCGGAUUCCAAGCCAGUCAAAUCCAACCCCUAAACAUGAUCAAUCGACGGCCGUUGGUAGCUGAUAUCGGAUUCUUAUCUCUUCCCACAUGUCCGUUAUACAAUCUGAUUGAAUCAAUGUUGAUAAGAAGAGAUGGCGGAUCUAGCUCGACACAAGGUUACCCUUACAUAGAAUUCUGCCUCCCGGUUAUGCGUUUCCACUUUUGUGAAUCUAAUGGUCGGCGUCGAUUUGCCCAAAAAAGUUCAACAAUUUCGAAGCCCUAA